AGUGGGAGAAGAUUGCUGAAGGAUUUUCAGCUCGAUGGCAAUUCCCCAAUUGCUUGGGGGCUGUCGAUGGAAAACAUGUAGCAAUCACAUGCCCACCAAAUUCUGGGAGUAAUUACUUCAACUACAAGGGAACAUAUUCAAUUGUACUCAUGGCUGUCGUUGACAGCAGUUGCAAGUACGUGCUUGUUGAUGUGGGGGCUGAAGGUCGCGUGAGCGACGGAGGCGUAUUUAAACACUCUGCAUUUGGCAAGGCCCUUGUCAAUGGAGACCUCAAUAUACCCUCACUUGGCCUGCUCCCAGGAACUACCACAGCUUUACCCCACGUCUUCGUUGGGGAUGAAGCUUUUCAGUUAAGGAAAGACUUUAUGCGCCCAUUUCCUUCCAAGCAACUUGAGGAUGAAAGAAGAGUCUUCAACUACAGGUUGAGCCGAGCAAGACGGUGUGCUGAAAACGCGUUCGGGAUCACAGCAGCAAGGUGGCGUAUCCUACUGCGGACCAUUAACUUGCUCCCCACAAACGUGGACUUUGUUGUCAAGGCUGCCUGUGUCUUGCACAACUUCCUAACUGUCCUCAAUCCACAGUCGGACAAUUACAGUGAUAAAGAGGACAAGUUUGGAAACGUUGUAGCAGGACACUGGCGCGAAAGCAUCCAAGCUGCGUUGGGAGACGACAGAAUGCAACAGUUUACCCCCCUUCAGUCAACACGAUCGAGAAACUACGACAGUGAAGCUGCACAUGCCAGGAACCUCUUUGCAGCCUAUUUUUGCAGCAAAGUAGGUGAGGUUCCAUGGCAGUGGCACCAACCAGGUGUUUCCAAAGAAGGCGCUUUGAAGCGUCUACGUGAGCAGCAGUUCUACCAGCUGCAAUGAUGGUGAGCAUUUCCUCGAAAGAGCAA